AUGUCUAGGAAGAAGAAGAAGUCUGGGAAGAAGUCUGGGAAGAAGAAGAAGUCUGGGAAGAAGAAGAAGUCUGGGAAGAAGUCUGGGAAGAAGAAAAAGUCUGGGAAGAAGUCUGGGAAGAAGAAGAAGUCUGGGAAGAAGUCUGGGAAGAAGAAGAAGUCUGGGAAGAAGUCUGGGAAGAAGAAGAAGUCUGGGAAGAAGAAGAAGUCUGGGAAGAAGUCUGGGAAGAAGAAAAAGUCUGGGAAGAAGUCUGGGAAGAAGAAGAAGUCUGGGAAGAAGUCUGGGAAGAAGAAGAAGUCUGGGAAGAAGUCUGGGAAGAAGAAGACGUCUGGGAAGAAGAAGUCUGGGAAGAAGUCUGGGAAGAAGAAGUAG